CUACCACGUCAACUCUUUUUGUUCAACGUACUGUUGUUGCAACUGCUGUCACCGGUACACUUUUUUAAUCAUGGCAUCGUUAAUUCAGUCAAUAAAGUCUAUACCCACGCACAUGGACUAUGAAGGACAGGCGAGGGCUGAAAAAUUGUCCAGGAUCAUUGUCACUCUUUUUGGAUUUGUAGGACUGAUCUGGGGAUACGCUAUCCAAGAAUUCUCUCAAGCCCUCUACAUCCUGGGGGCUGGCUGUGUGAUGGCUGCUAUAAUAACUGUUCCCCCUUGGCCAAUGUACAGACGCAAUCCUCUGGACUGGCAGAAGCCCCAGACAGAAGCCUUAUCGAAGAGUAAAAAGAAGAAAUAGUCACUUCCAUUCAAUAUUAAUUGUUUUCUACUCUGAGCAUUUAAAAUUGUGAAUAUUAUUAUCUUUAAUCAUUAAAUACACGAGAUGUACAAAAAAUAACAUUCAACGUGUGAAAUCUACACUCUGGGGUAAUCGCCCUGAUCUGUGCAUUUAUCACAAUAUAUUUCAUUAUUCCUGGAA